AUGCCGCACUUCUCCACGAGGGGCCUUCCUCGUCUUUUCUUCUUGCCGUUGUCGGUGUGUGUGUGUGUUGUAGUACAUAGUGUGCUAAAGGGGGCAACGAUGCCAAGCGACGCGCCAUCGGCGACAGACUUCGUGCAGGACUACGCAGCGAAGCGUGCGGCACAGCUCGAACGAGCCAAGCGGAUUCGUGAGGAACGUCUGCAGCAGCAGCAACAACGGCAACAACAGAAGCCGCAGCAGCAGCAGCAGCCGUACUCGGGUGAUGGUGCAAGCGGUACUACAAGCACCGCUAACACCAGCAAUAAUAAUGCGCUGAUGUGGCAGCAGCAGCAGCAACAACAACAACAACAACA